AUGUCUGUGGUAGUGGCUGGUCAGUCGAUAGAUAGUGAGGAGUCGCGCUGUGUUGCAGGCAAGGCGGUGCCGUUCGUGGAGCUGACGGUGGCGCACGCGUCGGUGCUGACCAUCCUGGCCAUCAGCUUCGAGCGCUACUACGCCAUCUGCGAGCCGCUGCGGGCCGGCUACGUGUGCACCAAGGCGCGCGCGCUGCUCAUCUGCCUGCUCGCCUGGGCCCUCGCCGCCCUGCUCACCAGCCCGAUGCUGGUGAUCGCGAAGGUCGAAUACCACGAGUACGCGGACGGGUCAGAGUUCGCGGCGUGCCUGAGCGAGGCGGCGACGGCGUGGCCGCGGCUGUUCUUCGCGGCGAGCGCGGCGCUCUUCUUCGCGCUGCCGCUGCUGCUGCUGCUGGUGCUGUACGGCCGCAUCGCGCGCCACCUCGUGGCCGCCACCGCCCCUGCCGGCAGCGCCGCCCCCGCCGAGCCGGGCCCGGCGCGCGCGCGCCGUCAAGUGGCGCUCAUGCUGGCCACCGUCGUGCUCUCCUUCUUCCUCUGCCUACUGCCCUUCCGCGCCUUCGCUCUCUGGGUGAUCUUCGCGAGCGACGAGGCUGUCUCCGGGCUCGGCCCCGAAGCUUACUUCAACCUGCUCUACUUCUGCCGCACCAUGCAUUACGUCAACUCGGCGAUGAACCCCAUCCUGUACAACCUGAUGUCGUCCAAGUUCCGCGCGGGGUUCGCGCGGCUGUGCGGCCUGGGGCGGCGGCGGCGGCUGGCGCUGCUGCACGUCGCGCUCCAGCGGCCGGCGGCCUCUGCGCUCCUCGCCGGACCUGCUCGGCUGGCGCUCCGCUUCCUCUUCGCGGACGUCACUGCCGCCGUCGCUGUCCCGCGCCCUCGCGCCCAGAGGCAGCGACGCCAGCGAAUCCUCCGCCGUGACGUCACUCUGCGAGUCGAGCCCUCCGCGCCGCCAGCGGCCGGCCAACGGCAGCAGUCCGCCGCUCCCGUUAUCCUGGUGGCGGAGUACGGCACGGAGGAGUACUUCGACGGCUCUAUGGUGCCCGUGUGUUUCUCCAUGGUGGACUCGUUCUGGCCGGCGUUCUUCUUCCUGGCGACCAUCGCCGUCUUCUUCCUGGUUCCGCUCAUCAUCCUGGUGGUACUGUACGGCGUCAUCGCGCGGCACCUCAUGGCCAACCCGCGCAUCAUGUCCGUUCAUCAGCAGCUGCACUACAGGUACCGCAAGCAGGUGGUGCUGAUGCUGGGCACCGUGGUGGCGGCGUUCUUCGUGUGCCUGCUGCCGUUCCGCGCCUUCACCGUCUGGAUCAUCGCCGCUCCGCCGGAGACGGUGGUCUCUAUCGGCUACGAGAACCACUACGGGCUGCUGUGCCUGUGCCGCGUGAUGCACUACCUCAACUCGGCGGUGAACCCCAUCCUGUACAACCUGAUGUCGUCCAAGUUCCGCGACGGCUUCUCGCGGCUGUGCUGCCGCUGCGGCUGUGCCGGUGGUCCGCUGGGCCGGCGAGGCACCGGCCUGUCCUCCAGCGCGACCGCCACCACUGUACGCUCCUCGGCGGGUGACUCGCUCUGGAGGCGGCCGGGCCGCGCCUCCUCCAGCUCCAGCCGCAGCCGCAGCCGCAGGGCCGAGCGCCGCCUGCUGCACCACAUCGCCAGGGAGUGCUCCGUCUCCGUCCACAACGGCGUCUGCGCCGUCAAGGCCGGCCGCGCCAAGGACGUCUCUUACCUGUGA